GCACACGCACAUAUGAUAAAUAUAAAUAAUUAAUAAUUUUCUAUUUAGAACUUUUACAAAAAACGAGAAUAUUUGUAAGAUGUUAUAUGGCACGGCGUUUGCCAAAAGGAAAAGAAAGAAUUUGCUGUAGAGGCUACCAUGGUGAUCAGAAACCUGAAGAUAAAAGUGACAAGAAAUUGUCAAUCAUAUCUACAACUCCUUUGACGUUUUCAAAAGACAAGGAAACAAAGAAAAGAGAAAAGCUUAUUGAACAUAAGAAAUCAUCAAAGAAUGGAAAAAGAAUAGGGAAGAAACCUAGAAGAAAAAAAUUAAAUGGGAAAAUAGAUGAAGAACAAGUGCAACCGGAUUUAAUAGAAGAAUAUGAAUUCAUGUUCGACGAUGAUUAUGUAACAAAAACAGAAGAAAAAGAAUCGAAGGAAACGUUAUCUUUACCAGAUGAUAAAUGCAAAUGUCAAAUUAUUAAAGCUUCGAACAAGUAGUUAAUAACUUAAUAAUAUUGCAAUGAUUAAAUACUGAUAAAAAGUAAAAAAAAGAAUUGUACUGAAAUUUAUUCAAUACAGAUACUCAUAGAAAUUA